AUGCCAUCCAACUCAAUCCUCGCUUUGGCUACUGUCAUGGCUUGUUCAUCGGUUUUUGCUGCACCCACCUUCGGUGGCAUUGGAGUAGGCGGUUACUCAAGUGUCAGUUCAUAUGGUGGUGCUUACGGUGGUAUCGGAGGAGGAUUAUAUGGUGGUGGUUAUGGUGGUGGUUAUGGUGGUAUCGGCGGAGGAUUGUAUGGUGGUGGUUAUGGUGGUAUCGGCGGAGGAUUAUAUGGUGGUGGUUAUGGUGGUAGUUAUGGAGGCAUCGGAGGAGGAUUUGGUGGUUAUGGAGGCAUAGGAGGAGGAUUAUAUGGUGCCGAAUUUGGAGGCAUCGGAGGAGGAUUUGGUGGUUAUGGAGGCAUAGGUGGAGGAUUAUAUGGUGGUGGUGGUAUCGGCGGCAUUGGAUAUGGUUCAAGCCUAGGAUAUGGAGGUGGUAUUGGACUAGGUGGAGGAAUCGGAGGAGGAAUCGGUGUUGGAGGAGGCUUGGGAGUAGGUGUCGGAGCUGGUGUUGGAGUCGGUGCAGGAUUAGGAGGCAGGUUCAUUAAAAGAGACUUGGGAUACAAUGGUGAAGGAUAUCCAGUAGAACCCGCAUCAUUACCACCAUCACAAGAUGACUCAAGUGCUCAAUUUCAACCCAUCGAAUCUGAUGGAUAUCAACGCUCUGCUCCAGCCCCAGAAACUGAUGAGCCCAGACUCAAACGCCGUCAGAACUGA